AUGCUCGCGUCUUCCACUUUUUUGUCGUCUUCGUCUCUUCUUCGUCGCGGGAGAGAUGCGGAUUUGGGGAAACCGUCGACGUGUCACGUGGCGCCUGGCCAGCGAAACGUGCGAGGAAAAGAAGAACUUUCGAGAAGGAGAAGAAGAAACGCGGGUGGUUAUACCGCGGUGAAAGCUGUGUUGAAAUGCCCCCGAGCGUCGAAAUUGCGCGCUUUACGAAGCGAGGACAACACCGGCGGGAGAAAGAUUACGCGUGGAUUUGUCUCCCUUUCCUCAGCUCGAGGUGGUGGUGUGAGAGGAAUCGGAGCGAACGCGAGUAAAAAUGAAUCACCAUCAUCGGACAAAGAAGAAGAGGAAGAAGAAGAAGACCGAGCGAGUAAAGAGAACGACACGAAUAAAAUCCCGUCGGACGUGUUAAACUCCUUCUCGGAGGAAACCGAGGAGGAGAAGUUUGAGACCAAUCGCCGAAGGAACUUUUCGCUCGUCGAGUUUACCAAAAGACGAGUGGCGUUGUUUUUAGUGGUGAUGAAAACGGUGUUUACGGACGUGUUUAAAGCAGUCGGGGCGGUGUUGAAGACGAGAUUGGCGAAGUUUGUGUUAUCGGCGGCGUUUUUUGUUGGGAGUGGGUUGGGGAUUCGGAGCGAACACGCGAAGCGGCAUCCGCCGGCGCCGGCGGUGAAGAGCGUGCCGUAUUCGACGUUUUUGAAGUCCGUGCAGAAAGGGGAGGUGACGAAAGUGAGGUUCGAGGAAGGGACGACGAGGUUGUUGUUUGACGUGAAGGAGACGUCCUCGUUGGUCGUUUCGAGUCCAGCGAAAGCGACGAUGGAAGCGGCGAGUAAGCGACAACAACCGCCGGCGCAGAAAUACAUGAAACGACGGUACCAAACGAGACGAUUACCGAACGAUUUACAGUUGAUUCCGAAACUCGAGAAAGCAAACGUGGAAUUUUCAGCGGUAUCUCCCGCCAUCUCCACGUUUGCCUCGAAAGGCGCGUUGGCGACCGCGUUUGUGUGGCUUCCGAUUAUUCCGCUGCUGUUUUGGUUGCGAGGCAUCGUCCGGAAACAAAACGGAUUACAAGACGGUAAGAAGAAAAAAGACGCUCGAGACGACUCGAAAGGUCCUAAAACGACGUUCAAAGACGUCGCCGGCGUGGACGAAGCGAAGCAGGAACUCUACGAACUCGUUCAGAUGUUGAGAAACGAGGAGAGGUACAAAGAAGUUCGUCACAGACUCCCGGCGGGAUGUCUAUUAGUUGGACCUCCGGGGACGGGGAAAACCUUGCUCGCUCGGGCGGUCGCCGGCGAAGCUGGCGUCGCUUUCUUUCCAGUCGCUGCUUCGGAGUUUGUGGAACUUUUCGUCGGUCGAGGCGCCGCGCGCGUUCGCGAACUCUUCGCGGAAGCGCGAAAGAAAGCCCCGUGCGUGGUGUUCAUCGACGAACUCGAUGCCAUCGGCGCUCGACGAGGCGCAGGAUUGAACGAAGAACGCGACCAGACGUUGAACCAAAUGCUCGUUGAGAUGGACGGGUUUAACAAAGCCGCGGGUGUGUUAGUUUUAGCCGCCACGAACAGACCAGACGCGCUCGACCCGGCGUUGACCCGCCCGGGAAGGCUCACGAGACGCGUCUUUGUCGGCCCUCCGACGACGAGCGGUCGCGCGCAAAUACUCGCGGUCCAUUUGCGAGGCAUGCGCUUAAAAGAACCGCUCGGUCAAAUCUGCGAAGCCAUCGCUCGACAAACUCCAGGAUUCACCGGCGCCGAACUCGCCAACGCGUGCAACGAAGCCGCCUUACUCGCCGCGCGCAACGGCAAAGACGCGUGCGGAUACGAAGAACUCAUGGAAGGCGUCGAACGCACCCGAAACGGUGUCGGCGCCGGCGUCUGGGGAGGCGGUAAAGUCGACCCGUCCAAAGUUUUGAGCGACUUACGCGCUCGCUUUUUAGGCGACUUUGAUGACCUCGAUAAUACUACUACUAAUACCAACGAUAGCGAUAGCGACGAUAGCAACACUAGUAGAAGAAAACUCAAAGACGAGUACCUCGGCCAAGGCGUCAGCAUCAGCCAAGGUCCUUCUUAA